AACCACAACUUUCAGAUUAAAUAAAAUGACGAGAUCUCCAGAUAGUGAAGGUGACAAAAGUGAGAACUCCUUCUAUUCAAAUAGGGUUGGUAGCCAGGAAGAAGUACGUAAGCCUGGCGACUACUUUGAGACAACAGGACCGGGUGGCUUAGGUGUAGUAAGAGUGACUAAAGGAACUCCCGUCUCCGAAGAGAUACGCAAAGCCAAAGCUGAAGGAAAACUUAGACCUAUCCCUAACAUAAAUAGAUUGCUGAGAGGUAGUACUCUGGUUAUCAUGAUAUUCUUCGUGGUUUUAACAUGUCUCAUCCCUGUAACCCUGUGCUAAGAAUGAAGUUUCCGGUGUCACCGUUAUUAAAUAGUGAAUUCCAGACGUACGGUGUUAGGCCUGAAUACACAUCAACACCAAUCUAUUAGAAAGUAUAUCAACAAUAAGAGGAAAUAAUUAACAAGAAAAGUGAAAAAAAAAGAUAUGAAAGAAAUAAAUCUCGUACGGAGGCAAUUGAUGCUAAAUGCUCAACAUAUAUAACAUACUUCGUACUACAUAAUACAAGACAGACAGCCUCGGGCUUCUUGAUAGUGAGGAAUUGAAUAUUAAACCUUACCUUUAUUCCAUAUAUGUGAUU